AUGUGCGAGCGCUUCUUUCGCUUUCCAGGCAUAUUCAAACUUGUCCAGGCCAUGGCGUGCCAGGCCAUUCUCGGGGUCAGAGCCUAUAAUCUCUCGCGCAAAUCACCCACUGUUGGCUAUCUCCUCGCGUGUGCCUAUGUCGUAUGCUGCACGUUCGAAGGGGUUACUACAAUAUAUGGCCGACGGAUGAUGUACACUGAGCCUCUGGGCAACUGUUCCUCUAUCGGUCCCCAUGGCCAACUCGGUGGCUGGGUCUACUAUAACGUGGCAUUCAUCUACGAUUUCGUUGUGACGAUGACGAGCAUCAUCUACCUCCUCAAGCUCAAACCGACAGGCUCCUCUGUAAUGUCAAGGGUUUCCCGAAUGAUGCUUGUCGACGGACUAGGAUAUUUUUUGGUCCUUGCGCUCGCAAAUCUUUCAAGCCUUGCAUUCUAUCGUACCACCGACAUCAAGUUCUCUGGUACACCCGAAAAUGCGGGCCAGUUACAGACUGCUGUGGCUUCGCUGGGUUAUUGUCUCCGCUGGGUAAUGUCGCAGAAACUCAUAAUCCAUCUCCACGAAGCGUCCGUUGCGCGUCGCGAAGACUCCAUGAACAAUAUCGUCACCCGCGACGGCACUUAUAACCCGCAAUUCACGUCUGUCAAGACGGGUGGCUUUAGUCUCACCGUCCCGGACUUCGAAUCCAGCGACGACCAGACGAGGCCGAGUGAUGACACCAGGGCAAGCUCGGAGCGGCAUGCGCAAGCGAGAGGGCGGCCGCAGCAGGAGCCUCAGUGGGAGGAGGAGGAGGACCACCAGGUCGAGGUGCGCAUCGAGCGGACGAUGCGGGCCGCGGAUUCCUCGUUGUUAAUGACAACGAGAAGUGUGCGGUGGGAUCCGGGGCUGGAGGAACGAGAGCGAGAUGAUGAUGAGAAUGGGUCGAGACGGACACGGAGGUAG